CUAUGUAUUACUUGGAAUAUUUUACUUAACCUAACAUCUUGUACAAGGAACAUACAUUUUCGUUAAUAAUUCUGUCGCAAAAUUUCUACUAAUAAUUUGCGAAUGAAAGGCACUGGUUAACCUCAAUGUAUUGUCCAGAUUUUUAUUAGUGCAAUCCCUUGCUCGAUUAUUCUAAAAUUAUGGAUCGGGAAAUCAUAAAAGAAGCUGAUUCGAAGCCGCUUAUAUUAUUUGGAAGAGACGUAAGGAGAAUUCCAUGCUUCCGAGACAGUUUCCUCUAUGGAAUCAGUAGCGGUCUAGGUGGAUUAUUAACAGCGUUCCUGUUCACUAGUAGAGGGCAGUUGUCCUGUCAUAUCGGAAUGGGUACCUUUGUCUGUGUUACAUUGGGAUAUUGGACUCAAUGUCGGUACGAACGUUUAAAAGACAUACAAGCGAGGGCAGCAAUUGAAGCAUCAAUCAACGAAGCCGCAAUUAGUGGACAAUUUGACGAGUCUUCCGAUAAACCGCCUCUAGUCGAUGCAUAGUUCCUGCGAAGAUAUAUAAUUAAUGUAUUAAGAACUCGAUCGAGGCCACAUUGCAUAUGUAUAUAACCAAAUUAGUGCAGUGUAUUAUGUAUGUAGAUAUGUCCAUUUAUAUCUGCUAGGUUUACUUUACUCACAGAUUUACUCUAGAUGCUACAUGAGUAUUUUCAAUACGAACAGCUGACAGAAGUUAUUGUACAUUGACUGGAUCUUAAAUUAAAUCCUCGUACUGUUGGAAAUACAAAUAUUUAACCAUGAA